UGGCGCAUGCGCAGUCUCUGCCGCGGCGGCCCCUCGCCACAGACCGAGGGGUACCGGGGAGCCUCGGCCCCUUCGCGCUGCUGUUUGUUCGGGCAGUUGGGGUUCUUCCCGUGGUCCUCUAUCGUCGCGGCUAGGCGGCCGCGCUCCCUCGGAGUCCCCGGCGCGUCGCCGUCGCUCUCGGGCCGCCCGCACGUCGCGUCUGCGCCGUGGCCGCGGGCCCCGCGCCCCCCUCCCCCCGGGUCUGCAGCCAUGGCAAUGACCGGUUCAACACCAUGCUCAUCCAUGAGUAAUCACACAAAGGAAAGGGUGACAAUGACCAAAGUGACACUGGAGAACUUCUAUAGCAACCUCAUCGCUCAGCACGAGGAACGGGAAAUGAGACAAAAGAAGUUAGAAAAGGUGAUGGAAGAAGAAGGCCUAAAAGAUGAAGAGAAACGACUCAGGAGGUCAGCCCACGCUCGGAAGGAAACGGAGUUUCUUCGAUUAAAGAGAACAAGGCUUGGACUGGAAGAUUUUGAGUCUUUAAAGGUUAUAGGUCGAGGAGCAUUUGGGGAGGUGCGGCUCGUGCAGAAGAAAGACACGGGGCAUGUGUAUGCGAUGAAAAUCCUGCGCAAAGCAGACAUGCUCGAGAAGGAGCAGGUUGGCCACAUUCGUGCGGAGCGUGACAUUCUAGUGGAGGCAGACAGUUUGUGGGUUGUGAAAAUGUUCUAUAGUUUUCAGGAUAAGCUAAACCUCUACCUAAUCAUGGAGUUCCUGCCUGGAGGGGACAUGAUGACCUUAUUGAUGAAAAAAGAUACUCUGACAGAAGAGGAGACUCAGUUUUACAUAGCAGAAACAGUGUUAGCCAUAGACUCCAUUCAUCAGCUGGGCUUCAUCCAUAGAGACAUCAAACCAGACAACCUUCUCUUGGACAGCAAGGGCCAUGUGAAACUUUCUGACUUUGGCCUUUGCACAGGCCUGAAAAAAGCGCACAGGACAGAAUUUUAUAGGAACCUGAACCACAGCCUCCCCAGUGAUUUCACUUUCCAGAACAUGAAUUCCAAAAGGAAAGCAGAGACCUGGAAAAGAAACAGACGCCAGCUAGCCUUCUCUACAGUGGGCACUCCUGAUUACAUUGCUCCUGAGGUGUUCAUGCAGACCGGGUACAACAAGCUCUGUGAUUGGUGGUCACUCGGGGUGAUCAUGUAUGAGAUGCUCAUCGGCUACCCACCUUUCUGCUCAGAGACCCCACAAGAGACUUAUAAGAAGGUGAUGAACUGGAAGGAAACUUUGACUUUUCCCCCAGAAGUUCCCGUCUCCGAGAAAGCCAAGGGCCUGAUUCUGAGGUUCUGCUGUGAAUGGGAACAUAGAAUCGGAGCUUCUGGAGUUGAGGAAAUAAAAAGUAAUCCUUUUUUUGAAGGCGUUGACUGGGAACAUAUCAGGGAGAGACCAGCUGCCAUCUCUAUCGAAAUCAAGAGCAUCGAUGACACCUCGAACUUUGAUGAAUUUCCAGACUCUGAUAUUCUUAAACCCACAGUGACCACAAGUAAUCACCCUGAGAGCGACUACAAGAACAAAGACUGGGUCUUCAUCAACUACACAUACAAGCGCUUCGAGGGCCUGACAGCCAGGGGGGCCAUACCUUCCUACAUGAAGGCAGCAAAAUAAGGCCUGUGCUGGGACCCUACACUAGGCAGAGAUCUCUGUACAGCAUUGUGGUUUUCCUCAUGCUCUUGAAAGAACUUCCAAGAAGUUUAUAGAACCCAUUAACACACAGUCAAGUCUCUGAGAUGUGAUUUUAAGUGGCUGUUCCUCCAUAGUGCACCAGGAAACUGAAAGGACAAAGAAAAGCAUUUCUCCACCGGCUAUAAGCAGCUGUCUUGCUUCUCUAGAAGCCCCAUGAGCCAGUUCGUCAUGCGUUUCAAAGAGAAUUUGAAUUUCCUAAGUUCAUCAGAACAAAGGAGAAAAGAGCCAUUAUCCACCAUUACUGGGAGUAUGUACAGCCAAUGCCUGCGUUGUGGUGAUAAGCCACCUGCCAAGCCCACCAAGUAUUUUUCUCUUUAUAGCUGAAAAUUAAAUAACGCAAUAAUGGAAGUCUGUGUGAACAGCCAACAGUAUGGCUGAAGGAAUGAGCUCUGUCCUGCGGGUGUGGGUGUUUUCUCUCCAUACCUUGGCCUGGACGAGUGGCUUCCCACAGCCUUCAUUCAUGGUGCACUUUACUUAUGGUACUAGGGCAAAGGCCCUGACCCACUGACCUAGCUCCCCAUCCAAAAGACUCAUGCUGCUCUUCUGAGUGUUGGUAGGGGAGGCACUAGUGUGAUCCUUUGUGGCUGUUAGAAAAGUCCACAAAGCCACUGGGCACUGCCAAGGAGUUAAGGACCAUGUGGACAACCCUCACUCUCUUUUACGGCCAUAUGAGAAGAUCUGGAGACACAUGCUGCCUACCAGCAAUGCCUGAAAGUGCUACAAGAACCGACUUGUUCCUGAGGCCACAGCAGAGAACUUGGAGGCUCAGGUGGUGCCAUGCAAGAUUCCACAGCCUCCUUGGAAAGUCAAGGCGGAACCAGCCUACUGAUGAGUCCUCAAGCUCAUUCCUCAACUCAUGGUGCAACCGUGUUUGUCUUGGUAUUUCCCUAUCCCAACUUUAAGUAGCCAUUUUGCCUUGGAAUCAUGAUUACAAAUUUUCCCUUUGCAGAUGCCUUCCUGGGGGGCACUUGCCCCUGCACCCAAAAGUGUUGCCUGCAGCUUGGGCUGACCUGGCCUCUCCGCUGUGGCAUUCUCUAAUGAGAAACACUGAAUUUAGCACAAAGUGCCUUCUGUCACAGCUGCUGCCACCUUUAGAAGAUUUUUUGCUGCGUCAGAAAAAUGUGGAGGUUCCAUAUUAAUGCAUUAUUAGUUUGGUGUCAUGUGUUGGUAACUGUUAAAGCAUUAUUUGCACCUGUGUGGUAACGUGCAGUGUCAUAGCCAAACUACAACUGGGACUCAUCCUCUGCCAGUCUUGAAGUUGUGAAGGUCAGCAGUCCUAGCUCAGCCAUUCAGAGAACAGAAGACUUCAAAUUGUAAGCAAAACUUCUUUGGUGUCCAUGUCUUAGAUGAAGAAAAAGGAAUAUUAGGGAAGUCUUGACUCUGGGAAAGGGUGCUGGAUGUGUUAGCUCCUUAAUUUUUCAUUUAGAGCCUGCUAGUGCAAAGGAGAUAGAAGGUCCUGUGUGGCUUUGAGCUCUGUAUUACCAAACCCUGUGUGUUUGCAGGAAUGUGUGAGCAUGGGUGAAAAAGUAAUAUUGGUAGAGCCUGUGUGGUGGGGGAUGCUUUGUUUUGGGGAAAACGCCCACAUUUUAUCUGUUAAACUUCCGAGUAAACUGUGAAAACAGUAAU